CCUGAGACCGCGUUUCAGUGUCCAAGCAACGAAUGAACUCGUGAAUAUCGCGUAAAGUUAAGCGCUUCAGGAAGUCCACGAACGUGUUCGUGGACCUAAUUAAUAUUCAUGAAGACCGACGUCCAGGCAACGCGGCGACGCGCUCCGGUGACCCGCUCACACAAUGUCACGCGACUUAAUUACACACACGUCGCUGUAAAAAAUAAAUUAAUAAUUAAUCAGCAUGUAUGAUCGCGCUCCCAGGUUCACGCAUUUGACAUUAAGCGGCACCACGUCUGAAAUCGGACCAGGGUCGUAUAACAUCAGCGGCUCUUUGAGCGGUAAAAAGGAUGCGUAUGCCCCUUUCCUCUCUCUGUCCAGUAGAGAGUCUGGGUUCCUGGGGUCAGGCGGCGGUCUUCUCGCUCCUGGACCAGGACAGUACAACAGUAACAUUACCAAAAAUCAUAUUUUGGGAGGAAAGAGUCUUCAGAAUCGCUCCAAGCGUUUUGAGGACGUGGUGUCAGAUGUGCCGGGCCCCGGAGCGUACGAUGUUAGGAAGGACGUUUCUCCUGAGAGCAAAAGAACAAGCUGUCCAGAGAAGUGCCCGAAGGCCGUCUCUAAAGCGGGGAGGUCGCUGCUGAAUCCCGAUGCGCCGUCCAUCCCGUCUCCUGGACAGGCGUUUGGAUAUGAAGAGGAUGCUCAAGGCGUCCUGCACCGACACAAACCCCCCACCAGAGACCAGACCCUCGGCCCGGCCUUCUACAGGCCCGUACCGGAGGAUCUGUCGUCCUCUCAGAAGUAUAAAGGCAUGCAUUUCGGGAAGACGUCUGGGCGGAGAGAGCAGUUAACGGGUGAAGACGGACCUGGACCUGGACAUUAUGAUCUGCAAGAGGAUCACAGUGUCCACUAUGAGAAUGUGAAUCUCAGGCGAGAGCAAAGAAGCCGCUCAGAGCUGGUCAUCCCUCGAUAUCACGAGCUGGUGCCUCUACAGGAGGAGAAGAAGGGUGUUCCAGGACCAGGGAAAUACUACAUAAAGAGUCAGUUUGAGACGCCCGGUAACCCACGCGCUCUUGCGAUGAGUCCACCCUUCCUGUCUCAAGCUCAGCGGUUCAGUCCGGUGAAGAAUGAGACGCCCCCCGUAGGUGCGUACAAUGACCCUCGCUGCGCUCUGGAGAUCCUGAAGAAAGGCCGAGGGGUGAAGCAGAAUCCUUUUGGCCUGACAGCUGUACGCUUCCUGCCGGAAAACAGUUCAAAAGCUACGCCAGGUCCCGGAGCUUAUAAUGUGUUUGAGUAUGGCCUGGCUUAUGAGAGCUUGAAGAAAGCCUGUCUGGAGAGCACGAGGAAGGGUGCCUUUGGCUCUAUUUCACCACGCCGGCUUUUCCUCCCCAGCAAAGAGGAAAUGAGCCGCCCGGGGCCGACUCAGUACAAGGUGGAGAAAACAACUGAAGCGUUAUAUAAGAAACAGAGUACAGCUGCUUUUAAAUCUGCCACUGACAGACUUGUGGGUUCACUGUUUGCCAAAGAUACACCUCCGCCAGGCUCAUAUAACGUGAGCGAAUCAUUUGAGAAGAUGCACGGUCUCCAUCACUACAACGAGCCACGGAACGAGAAAGCCCGCAAACGACAGAGCUGCUUCCUGUCUGCCGCCCCCAGAGACGCCGGCUUCCUCCACUACGACCCUGAAAGCCCAGGUCCAGCUCAUUAUAGUCCAGAUGUUAAAUCAGGCUCAAAACUUGCGCUGAUUGUCUCAAAAGAAGAUCGCUUCAAAAGUCCGAAAGACAAGACCCCUGGACCCGGAUCAUAUGAGUUGAGCCCGGUUCAGAAAGGCACCUUCAACGUGACGCUUCCUGAUCCUUUGGUGUCCAGCAUGAGAUCUUCAUCUUCACGCCGGCCUUCGAGGAAACCCUCCGCUCACAGCAGUGCCUAACUCAAAGGUCAAAGGUCACACACUUCUAAAAAGACCUCGGCUAAGCCUCUCCUAUUAAACACAUGCUUCCCAGGAGUUCCUGUCUCACACACACACACACACACACACACACAAACCUCUUUAUGGGUGAUAUAUUUCCCCAGUGCUCACGGAGAAUAAAUCAGGAUUCUUUAAUGGGUUUGAUGUUUCAGGGUUUUUGUGCGUCAUAAAUUCUCAGCCCUGCCCACAAUAACACAGCGCUAAUGUAGAGAGACCUCGACAUGCACACACACAACAUCUUGAUAUCGUUAUACACACCCUUUUAAUCUAAUUAAGCAUUUACACACUCUCAUUAUUCAGCAGAGAGAGGGAGGUCGAAGGAGGAAGGGCGAGAGACGAACGCACGAAAGAAAGAGAGGUUUUAGCUCUUUAUUGAACUGACUUGUUUUACAUUCGCAGGCUAAUUGAAUCAGAUAAAUCACUGUGGCGGCUCUCGCCCUGCGCCCCGUGUUUGUCUCGCUGAGUUUACGAAUGUUAAAGUCGAUGCGGAAUCAAAAUUGGACCCAUUUGCUUUCUUAAUGCGCGAUCCCGGCGAACAAUUCAUCGGUGCGCGUUACUCUAAAUAACAAAAUAAUCUUUCUUCAGAAAACUUUUAGGUUAGCGUCACCUUAGCCGUCGGAUACCGUUAAUCAGUACGGUGCGACAGGCUUGUUCUGGAAGUUAACAUCCCAUUCGUUUUCUCCAUAAGGGAAUUGAUUUUUAAUGAUAACUUAUAAACCAUUAAAGGGAGACCUGCUGCAAGGUCGAUAUGCCUUCAUUAAAGUCAUCGUUAUGCAUUAUUUUAACUUACUUUUUUAAUAAUUGCGGUUAGCGAUGGAAUUACUGGUUAAAAAACGACACUACUCUACUCAUGAUUAUAUGCCAAUCUUCAACAAUAAGUGAACAAAUUGCAGCAAAAUGACUCUUUAGUGUCCAUCCACCAUAUACGUAAUUAACAUCUUUUAAUCAAUUGGUUUUAUUUAAGUAGCAAUGCUUCCGAAAAAGUUAAAUGAAAGUCUCAUUCCUUUGUCUUUUUGUCCAAUCUUCCAAAUCUUGAUUUUAUCAUUUUUUUCUCUCUCUCUCUCUCUCUUAUGAUAGAAUACAUAAAUUAAGAAAAAAGCUAAAAAUUAUUAAAUGAAUAUUUACUGAUCCACUAGUUUCGUAGAAGGGAUUUUCAGCUGAGAUUUUGGAUCAAAUUACAGAAAGGAGAAAAUGACUUUCAGAAAGAUGGCAUUAUUAUUUUACUUUUACCCAGAGAUCGGUCUGGUUUGCGUGCCUGUGUAUCGAGAAACGUUGAAGAUAUAUAGUUUAAUAUCGAUUCUAGUUCUUGACAAACGUUUAAUUUGGUGUCUCCAAUUUUUCCAGCAUGGUUCGGUCUCAGAGAUGCUGGUUUCUCAAUGUGGAUCUGUAUCCAAAUAGUUGAAUUUGACCUAUUUUUUCAGUGGCUGAAAACCAAAUGCGGUCCCUUUGCAUGAAUCUAAUACUUGCUGAGUUUAAAGAAGAGCAAUCAAAGAGGAAAUACUAGAAAUACCCUCAUUUAUUAACGCAAAAGACAAAAUAAUGACAAUAUCCUGAAUAUUUGAGAGUUCAAACGUAAUUACUGUAGGGUUUAUGUUUGGCAUCUAUUUAUAAUAGCAUAUAAUUCACUGGUGCUCUGAUGUGAAACACCCACUAUUGUGACCCCAUCUUAUCUAUCUGUCUUUAAGUAAACACUGGACUCUUAACAGUUCACCAUGGCAGCUAAAAAAAAAACGCUUUUGUUCAACGAGCAACAGGACUUUUUACUGCGUUGAACUCAAUUCGAGCUCUCUGUAAGCAUAUGUUAAUGAUUAUGAGUGGGAGAACGUGUGAUAGUUUGUUCUCGGUGGACUUAUAGAAAUAGAGCUGAAGACUUUUAAAAGUAAACACCAUAUUGCGAGAUGUGUUAAUUGGGGAGUUAAUUGUCGUUAAGAUGUCUUAAUUAGUCAUUAAGCCAAGCUGUUUCUCCUGCUGAGGUCUGGUUGGCCAUGUGCCCACGACUCUCCAACCACAACUUCUGCUUCUCCAUUAUUGUCUUAAUGUUGAAGAACUUCAGUCGCUCUCACAAACACACCCUGAGGAACAUCUGAUGGCUCACAUGCUGUUCUUUCAUAAUCAUUCUAAAAACGUGAAUUAUGUUCUUGAUGGUUUACAUAAAAUAAUAUAUAGAAUUAUUUUCGCAUCAUAUACACACUUUGCAACAAUUGCUGUGAAGUGUUGCUGUUUUAUAGGAAACUCUGCUAACAGAUGCAGCGAGAUAAAAAAGGCUUUUUAAAUGUGCUUUUUAUUUUAUUUUUUAUUUUUUGUUCUCAUUUGUUUCAGUAAUUUUGGAAUGUGGCUUUCACUUCAGUUUUGCCAGGGCAACACGCAUUUUUUAAGUUUAGAUUUUUCAUCUCAUAUUGAUAUUUUAGUUUAGUUUUCAUUUAUAAUACAACAAGAGAAACUCUUGUAAUAGUGUGAUGAAAUGAGCGUGAAUGAAAGCUCAGAUCCUUCGGAACUGAAAAAAUGAUUUUAAAAUUAGAAUGUUUGAGUUGUGUAGUCUUAGGAGAAAUAUCUUGGGAGCAGGAGAAGUUUCUAACAAAAGUUUCUAACAUGCCUAGUAAGAGAUUGAUUAGCUGCUUCAGGUGUGUUUAAUUAGGGUCGGAGAUAACCUUAAGUGUUAACAAAUGCAAAACCAACAUCAAAAGGCAUUUCCUGAUGCAACCGUGUCAUUUCAAUUUCCUUUUACUCAGAUUGGAUCCAUUUUGUCGAAUCGUAGUCACGCGGGAUUCGAACCUGAGCUUUCCAUAAACUAAAUACAACGGCGUAUAACACGAACUACCGAGUAAACCUACCAUCAAUGAACGCUCAUAGAUGUGAUGCAGGAUAUGUGUGAUGUUCAGUGUUCAAAAGCAUCAGUUUUUAGAUCUCCCAGAAUAUUAAUACCUAACAUAAUCCAUUCUGGAUUAGCCAUCAAAAUGUUUUUUGACAAUUAAUAAUUUCAACUUCUAUGAGAAUAGGCUACCCGCAGGAUCCUAUACUUGCCGGGGCGGCUUCUUCAUGAUUACAGUGCCAUGCUCAGAUUUCAGUUUCGAACACUGGCUGGUUAUCUACUUCCUCAAAUAUCGAUUUUAUAUCAUUUUAACCAAAAGAAACCCGUUACUGCGGCUUUAAGGUAUAGGUAACCCUAAAACCUAAACAUCCUCCAGUUGUUGCGAACGUGCGCGAUUUUCUUCAGGUAAAGCCAACCACUGACUUUCAUAGAGCCAUCGGCUACCGUCAACUGUUUGGCUACCAGCCUUCUACAGCUUUUGUGUCAGAAACUCAGAACGACGCGAGGGAGGGCAAAUGACAGAAUUUACAUUUCUAGGUGUACCGUCCCUUUAAGUUUUGGCUUUUCCUCAGUGAGCAGUGGUAGCAAGCGAGCAGCAUUAAACGCACGCACUCAGACAGUCAUAAGCGAGCACAUGUCAAAUGGUGAGCGGAGGGAGGGCCGUGGGGUGUGCAUGGGCCGGGGCCCGUGUUAUCAGCCCCUCACACUCCCUCCUACUCCAGCAGGGGGUAUAAUGAUCCUCACGCACGUAUAAUCAUGAGACUCCAGUAAGCAUGCUUAAAUACAGCCUCCGCUAUCAUCACAGAGAGCAGGUAUAGCAGACAGAGAGAGAGAGACCUGUAGGGUCAGCGGUCCUGUGAUUAGACUUUUAUCUCCUCGCUCAUCGUUUCUGGGAGAGAACGGCCCCGAUCUGAAGUUUAAUUGAGUUGAAUGUUGUUAUCGGAGUCGGGCUGCAGUAUUGCUCUCUCUUUCUCUGUCUGUGUCUCAGAGGGAGAUGUUUUUUCCCCUCUCUCUCCCUCUUUCUCCAGGCAGGAGGCUGCUUUAUAUGGAAAUAGGCUGCGGAACGACGGAGUUCAUACGGAGAAGAAAGCUCAAAGUACUGCGAAUGUCACACUCAUUUCUGCUCAAGCUCUUUUCGCAUUUUUUUUUUUCCCAUGCUCGCCUCGCAGUUUCUAAAUAAUGCACUUAAUGUUUGCUGUUCUGUUUGGUGUCUUUGAAGGAAAGAACAAAACACAUGCAAUGAGACACUGGUUGUGUGCGGAAGGGAAUUCUAGAAUGCUGUUAACUGCGUACUGACUGCUUUUAUUAAAACGGCAGCCUGAAACAGAAUGCAGUAUGCAACAAGAAAUGGUAUAAAACACACACACACACACAUUGCAUGUGAAAUCUGAAGCGUUGUGUGAAAGGAGUUCGUUUAAAGUGUACAAUACGCCAAAGUCCAGUUUUGUGCAUCUACACCACAAGUUUCAGUUUUUAUUUGCUGUACUUAUUUAUGUGCACGUUCAUGAGAUUGGAUAGUCUUACUAGAAAGAAAAAAAAAAGCCUUUGGGACUAUUUAGUUAGAAAUAAAAUUUUUUGCUGUGGAAUCCAAAAAUCACACUAAUUACGUUUUUUUUGUGUUUUUCUUUAAGUGAAAAUUUAUGUAUUAAAUAUAUAUCAAAAUAUAUACAGGGCCAAUGUACAUAGUUUUUUUUUUUUUUUGUAGAUCGGGCUCUCGUGACUCAUACACACUCAGCGAACUGCAAUGAAAAAAGGUCAGGUUUUUAUUUAUUCGAUUUUUUAAUUCAGUGGCAGAAACAGCGAUUUUUCAUAUUCGAACUUUGUAUGAAAACAAAGUGCCGCAGUGACGAUUCAUUUUUUGUAGGCCAAUGCAGAACCUGGUUCCCUUGACAGAAAGCCCGUAAUGUUCUUCCUUUUGCUUUUGUUUUACUGCAGAAAAGAAGUUCUGUGACCAUAAAAAUAAGUUUUGUUCAUCAAGAUAAGAAACACAGAUUAUGAAUUUUGACGCAUAAAAACAAUUGCCAAAAGUGCAAAGCUAAAGCCCAUAUGAAGUUGUAGAUUCAUGAGUUUAAUGUCUCUGACAAGCUCAGUCAGUCGCUUUUAGACGCUUGGUAGCAUUCUUCAAGACAUAAAAACUUAAAAAUCACAAGGGGGUAUUACUGGUGUAUUUAAAGUCAUAAAAUAAAAUGCAAAAUAUAUUGAGCUUUUGGUAAACGCGGAUCUUAUUUCAGGAAUUUAACCAAAAUCCUAUUUAAAAAGCCCAUUGACUUCAGGACAAUGCAAACUCGUUUCUGGGGUUUAGGGCUUAUUCCUGCAGCUCUCUUUAUCCUAUAACCUCUGUCAAAUCAUGUAACGAGUAAGGAUGGUGUUGUAAUGACAUGUAAGCAAGUAGUAUUACUUUUUUCGCACUCGUGAAGUCUGAGUUGGGUGCGUUGCAUUUUGGGAUACCAUACAGAGUAUACAGCGCAUUUUGAUAGAUAUAAGCCAUGCAUGUUUUAAAUGGGUGCCAGAUGUACGUUAUACGAAUAUUUCAAGACAAAACAAAGUUGCGUGAUGUUAAUAGAAAUGUGAAGCAUUUCGUUUUGUAAAAUUCUAUACCUAAAAGUAACUUUGUGCAUCAACAAACUGCAUUUCAAUCCUAGAAUGAGCUGAACGCGCUGUAGAUGAGAUAUGUUUUUUUUUACACGGAAAGGGGUUGUUUGAUCACAUAAAAAAAUGUGGAUUUUGUGAAAUGCACGACCCUUGCAUUACUAUUAUAAAGUGCAUGUUGUAUUUCCAUUGAUGAAAUGUCACCCUUGCGUUACAUAAUAAAAAAAAAUAGUCUUGCCACUUCAUAUUUUUGCAUUGCAAUUGCGAAAAAACGGCAUGAAUACUAUGUUAGACAAACCAAAUUUGUGACGUACAAACCUGUGAACAUACCCUGUUUAAGACAGAUGACGGUGUGCGUGUGUGACAGAGAGUUGUCCAAGCGUGAGCAGUGAUAAUGACCCCGACACAGGACACGUUGCCAGAUCUUCCCCUCUAACACACAGCACAGGGCCAAGGUCCAUGUGUCAGCCAGCUGGCUCGUCCCUCCUGGCCUGUGGUCCGACAACUCUGGAGAACAGCGCCGACACCGCGUGAAAACUGACUCACACUCAACCUGCUUAUGUCACCAGUAUCACGAAACAUGGGUGCAUCGCUCCCGUCUGCUCUGUCACUCACGCACUCCAGUCAUAAAAAUGGUAUUAAUAGUAUAUCCUGGAAUGUCACACAUAUUUGGAUGAACAAUUCAAUCAAAAUGCAAUAUGAACUAGUGUUUGUGAGUAAUAAAGCAGAGAUAUACUAUCUAUGCUAAAUAAUCUGUGUGUGAAUGAGCAAAGAGGUAUACUAAAGGUCUUCGAGUUAAACCAAACUUUUAUUUUGGUGGGUUGUUGUGAAGAAGUUAUAACAG